AUGGCAGGCUUCGUGACUGCGUUUAUGAACCCGCUCAACUACGUGGGCGGAGUAAGCUUCACCCCAGAAACCGACAUCCCAGAUCUAUCUGGGAAGGUGAUUCUAGUGACGGGCGGAAACGCCGGCCUAGGCAAAGAAACAAUCCUCCAACUGAUCAAGCACAACCCCAAGAAAAUUUUCCUCGGCGCGCGCUCCGAGUCCAAGGCACAGGAUGCCAUCCAGUCCCUGAAAACCUCCGUCAAAAAUGACGUCGAGAUCAGCUGGCUUCCACUGGACCUGAUGUCGGGCCCAUCAAUCAAGAAAGCGGCCGAAAAAGUCAACGCCGAGUCUCCCAGACUCGACAUCCUCGUUCUGAACGCGGGCGUCAUGGCCCUGCCGCCCGGCGAGACGGAAAUGGGCCAUGAAAUUCAGCUCGGAACGAACCACACCGGACACUUCCAUUUGACAAUGCUGCUCUUGCCGACGCUGCUCAAGACGGCUGAGGAGCCCGGAUCCGAUGUGCGUGUUGUCUCACUCUCAUCUAUUGGGCAUAAUCUGGCGCCUGCUUUCGACACUAUUUUGGACCAGGAGAAGCUGAAGAAGGUUAACACGAAUGCGCGGUAUGGUGCGUCCAAGGCGGCAAAUAUUCUGUUUGCUGCUGAGUUGGCGAGACGAUACCCGUCUCUUACGUCGGUUUCUGUGCAUCCUGGUAUUAUCCUGACGGAUUUGUAUAGCUCGAUUAAUGAGAGCUCGCCUUUUGCGUCGGUGGGGACUAAGACGCUUGGGUUAUUUGGUUCGUCUGUUCCUCAGGGUGCGUGUAAUCAGUUGUGGGCUGCUGCUGGAGCUAAGAAGACUGAUUUAUCCAAUGGCGGAUACUAUGUUCCUGUUGGAAAUUUGAAAGGUCAGAAUAAAUAUGUCACUAGCGAGGAAAUGGGGAAGCGUUUGUGGGAGUGGACGGAGGCUGAGCUUGCGAAGGCUAAUGUGUGA